AUGUCUUCGAAAGGACCCGUCUCUUCGAUUUGCUGUUGUACUCGUUUCUUCGGUCGCUCGCCACCACAGUCGUCUUUAGCUCUUAAUGAGAGAGAAUCGAUCGAGAUCAAAGUGAACGGAAAACCUCAUCUCAUGGUACCGCACGUGGCAAUCAAACAAAACAGUUCGGUCUCUACUAUUCCUGUUUCUUUGGCUAUUCCAGCUGACUUGUUCUCAGAAAGUCAAGUCGACAUUUUCGAAACCGCCAGAACUUCACGUAACUCUGUGGGAAGGUACAGGAGCCUAACGCCAUUCCAUCCUUCCCCCGUUGUAACAGUUUGCAGCAAAAUAAUUCCAAUGGCCGAACUCAUCCGGCUAACUAGAAUUGAGGAAGGCCUGGAAAUCACAGCUCGUUCACUACAAGAAACAAGUAAAUCUGAAAACUAA